AUGAAGUGGAACAUUCGUGGCCUCCUGCUUAUUUUAUCUGCCCUUUUCUGCAUAUCUGCAGGAGAUUCCACAGGUAAUACCCCUCCAAAACCUGUUUGUCCUCUGCACUCAACAUCUGCAUGCACAAAAAAUGGAAAUAAUAAGAAGAUGGAUAUGUUCAUACUGGGUUCAUGUGGUUUCAAAGGAUACAUGAAAACAGCUAGUUGCAAUGGUGAUAAAUGGGGUAUUUUACAGAGCAAAGCAGUGAGCUCACUUCAGUGCGGUUCUAAUGAAUCAUCAGAGAACCUAUUCAAAAUCUCUGUAUUUCCAAUUGUUGAAAAUUCAUUCUGUACAGGAAACACAACACACAGUACAAACACAUCCUGUACAACACACAGUAGUGACUGUGGUGUAACUUUAUCAAGACACCCACCUUACAAACUCAACAUAAGCAGAUGUGUUAUGCCCACAUUUGUCUGUUUAAUUGAAGGGAAAUGUAGAAAUGACACUUUGACAAACUGGAUUACAAAAGGUUGUAACUGGACCCACCAAACGCCUACAUAUUUUGAGAAUGUGGGAUAUGCGUGUAAUAUGACCUGCCUGAAUCCCAGUCAGACGUGUAAGAAUGCACAAUAUGAUUUCAGCUGUAAAGGGGUUUUAAAGAAAAUUCAAAAUGAGUCCGAAAUCACAACGUCCUACUUCAUCUACUCUUCAGAAACUGGCAUCAGUGUUAUAGAUGAUUUGGACGAACUGCAGAAUUAUCCCAUUGCUUUCAGUAUUCCAGAGGAAACAGCUAAGAAAGCGCUCAACCAAAGUGCAGGAAGUGCUUUUAUGGGUGUUUUCCUCUUUCCCAACAUGUCAAAGGAUGCAGAGAAUAGUACGGUUUUGAAUGAUGAGGUUUAUGCAAUCGAAAUGGGGACAAAAAUUUCUAAUCUGAGUGACGCCAUCAGCUUGACCUUCAAAAAAUAUCAGAAGACGGAGGAAAGUCCUGUUUGUAAAUCAUGGGAUGGAAACGGAAAUAAGCCAAACUGGACAUCCGAAGGGUGUAGCACCUUUAAUACAGAAGACAAUAUAACAUGUGAAUGCAAACAUUUGACUUUCUUCGCUGUGCUUAUGACCCCUCCAAACGUACCCAUUGCCCAAAGCGACCUCACUGCUCUCACCUACAUCACCUACAUCGGCUGCGGCCUCUCCUUGUUUUUCCUGUCCAUCGGGCUCUUCAUGCACUUCCUCAUGAGGAGAGUGAAGGCCACUGAUUCUCUCCGCGUGCUGGUUAAUCUCUUUGUGGCGCUGUUCCUGCUCAACGUGGCCUUCCUGUCGAAUGAGUAUGUAGCGCGUGCGAAGGACGUCACCGCCUGCAAGGUCAUGGCUGGAUUCAUGCACUACUGCUUGCUGGCCAGUUUCAACUGGUUUGCGGUGGAGGCUUUUCACCUCUGCCUGCAGAUGGCCAAACACUCAGUCACCAUCAAACAUUACAUGAUCAAGAUCUCUGUGGUUGGGUGGGCUCCUCCUGCUCUUGUUGUCAGUAUCAUUUACGUCUUGGGCAAAUAUGGUGAGCAGACCAUAAAAACGGACACAAGCAACGUAACUAUGUGCUGGAUUUUAGACUCUAAUGUCCACUACUACGUGAACAUCGGUUAUUACUGCUUGAUCUUCAUCUUCACCUUCAGCACCUUCAUUGUGGUGCUGCGAUGGCUCUCCAUGCUGAAGCUGAGCAGGCUGAACAAGGCUGGAAAGGUGAAGCGCUCAGGAACCGCCACCUUUGACAUCACCACCAUCCUGGGCCUCUGCUGUAUGCUGGGACUCACCUGGAGUUUCGCCUUCUUCAGCUACGGAGCUAUGCGUCUGCCCUCGUAUUACAUAUUCACCAUCCUGAACUCCUUCCAAGGCUUUUUCUUGUUCAUAUAUUACUUGAAAGCAAGCACCCUCUUUGGCGACUCGGCGCCUUCAGAGGAGAGUGACAUGACUGAAGAUACUGUUACAGAAAAUCCAUACGAAGACCUACCAACAGAAGACACCAAAAAAGUCAUCUGACUGUAACCUAUGUAUCUAUACAUUUGAAAUGUCAUAUCUGUCUAUUGAUAUUUUACCUUCAUUUGUAUUAGAAUAGUGAGUCAAUCCACUGCAAAUUCUGUCCUGUAACA